GGGUCCUGGUACAAAAAAGGUAGAGAACCACUGGACUAGAAACCUUCUCUGACUGUCCCACACCCACCCAACUGUAAUUUGCCACUAGAAGGCUGGUAAGCCAGGACAAACUUCUGUCCCUGCUGUAGGGGCUGGGGAGUGAGAGAUCACCUGGGACAUGGGGACUUCUGCUGUAGGCAGUGGCCACACACCUUGAUGGAAUGGGAGCUGGGUAGUGCAAAUCUGAGAGAAUCCUGCCCUGGGUGACUGGUGCUGCCUUAGUGCCACCCCCUGCAGCAACCAAACAGCAACCGGAGGAGUCCCCUGCGGCCAGUCUCACCGAUGGGGGGCCCUGUGGCAAAACUUACCAACCCCCCUCUACAGGAGCAGGAGGGAGAAGGAGAAAAGCGCACUGUCUGCCUGUAUAGAAUGUUCCGUCUCCUGAGAGAGAUUCUCUGUGAAGCUACUUCACUUGGGUUGUUACUGAGUUAUUUUUCUUCCCUGGUGGCCACUUUUACUCCGGGAAAACAAUUACGGACUUCUGUAUGUUCCUGGUUUCUCCUGAGCAAGCAGGGAUUCUCCCUAGAGAAUCUGAACAUCUGCCCAAGUCCUUUAAACCUGAAAUUUUCCUCUGGAAAACUAGCUAGAUUUGCUGAUGGAUGUGCUGUAGUGCAGUUAGGUGACACAUCAGUGAUGGUUACAGCAGUCAGUAAAACAAAAUCUUCUGUAUCCCAGUUCAUGCCCCUGGUGGUUGAUUAUCGUCAAAAAGCUGCUGCAGCAGGAAGGAUUCCCACAAACUACCUUAGGAGAGAGCUUGGUACUACUGAUAAAGAAAUUCUUACAAGCAGAGUGAUAGAUCGGUCAAUUAGGCCACUCUUCCCAGCAGGCUACUACUAUGAUACACAGAUCCUUUGUAAUCUUUUAGCAGUAGAUGGUAUCAAUGAUCCUGAUGUCCUGGCAAUUAAUGGAGCAUCUGCAGCACUUGCAUUAUCAGAUAUUCCUUGGAAUGGUCCAAUUGGUGCAGUACGGGUAGGAAUUGUUGAUGGGAAACUUGUUAUUAACCCAACUAGAAAAGAAAUGUCAUCUAGUAUGUUGAACUUAGUGGUCACUGGAGGCCCUCAAAGUCAGAUUGUCAUGUUGGAAGCAGCAGCUGACAAUGUACUGCAGCAGGACUUGUCCCAUGCCAUCAAAACUGGGUUGAAGUAUACCCAGCAAAUAAUUCAAGGUAUCCAACAGCUGGUGAAAAAACAGGGUACUGCCAAGAGAGUUGUUGAGAAUUUAUUUGUUGCUCCAGCAGAAAUUGUGAAAUAUACAAAGGAACUCGCAUCUGAUGAGCUAUGUAAAGUGUUUAAAGAUUUUAACCAUGACAAAAUUUCUCGAGAUGAAGAAAUUAACAAGAUAAGACUUAAAACAGAAGAACAGCUGAGAGAAAAAUUUCCAGAGGCUGAGCCUUAUGCAAUUAUGGAAUCCUUCAGUGUUGUUUCAAAGGAUGUUUUUAGGAACCUUGUUCUGAGUAACUGUGUGAGGUGUGAUGGUAGAGACCUGACUUCUCUCAGAAAUAUCCACUGUGAAGUGGACGUGUUUAAUAUGCUCCAUGGGUCUGCAUUAUUUCAGAGAGGUCAAACACAGGUUCUCUGUACAGUUACAUUUGAUUCAUUAGAAUCUAGUGUGAAAUCCGAUCUUAUCACAACAGCUGUGAGUGGAAUAAAAGAUAAAAACUUUAUGCUGCAUUAUGAGUUCCCUCCUUAUGCAACUAAUGAAAUUGGCAGAGUUACUGGUAUGAACAGAAGAGAACUUGGACACGGUGCUCUUGCAGAGAAAGCUUUGAAGCCGGUUGUUCCCCAAGAUUUCCCAUUCACAAUAAGAGUUACUUCAGAAGUCUUGGAAUCAAAUGGAUCCUCUUCAAUGGCUUCUGUAUGUGGUGGAAGUUUGGCCUUAAUGGAUGCAGGAGUUCCAGUAUCCAGUGCUGUGGCAGGUGUUGCAAUAGGUCUCAUUACCAAAACUAAUCCUAUGAAUAAUAAAGAAAUUGAGGAUUAUCGUUUGCUGACAGACAUCCUGGGAAUUGAAGAUUACUAUGGCGAUAUGGAUUUCAAAAUGGCUGGUACUAAUAAAGGAAUAACUGCUCUGCAGGCUGAUAUAAAACUACCUGGGAUACCACUAAGAAUUGUAAUGGAAGCCAUCCAACAGGCCACAGUUGCAAAGAGAGAAAUCUUGAAAAUUAUGAACCAAACAAUUGCAAAACCCAGACCAACAAGAAAAGAAAAUGGACCAGUUGUAGAAACUGUUCACGUCCCAGUGUCAAAAAGAACAAGAUUUGUUGGCCCAGGUGGUUAUAAUUUAAAAAAGCUGCAGGCUCAAACUGGUAUAACUUUAAGUCAGUUGGAUGAAGAGACCUAUUCUGUGUUUGCUCCAACACCUAGUGCUAUGGAUGAAGCACGAGAGUUUAUCAGUGCAAUCUGCCAAGAUGAUCAGGAGGUUCUGUUGGAGUUUGGAGCUGUCUAUGCAGCCACAAUAGUUGAAAUUAGGGAUGCUGGAGUGAUGGUAAAACUGUAUCCAAACAUGACUCCAGUACUACUACAUAAUUCACAACUUGAUCAGAGAAAGAUUAACCAUCCCAGUGCUCUAGGAUUACAGGUUGGCCAGGAAAUUAAGGUGAAAUAUUUUGGACGUGAUCCAAGUGAUGGCAGAAUGAGACUUUCCCACAAAGUACUACAGUCCCCAGUGACACCUGUGGUGAAAACCCUAACUGACAGAAACAGUAUUGUAAUGAGUGGUACAAGUCCACAGUCCUCUAGCUCAUCAUCCUAAUGACUAGUAAAGUCUUGAAACAGUUA